UAAACAAGUUAGCUGAAAUUAUGAAUCGCAGGGAUCCUGUCAAACGAGGAGCUGACACUGAUGUCAGAAGGAAAGAAAAAGAGAACAGGAAACUGCAUAUGGAGCUGAAGUCUGAGCGUGAAAAAUUAACCCAAAUGAUGAUCAAGUAUCAGAAGGAGAUUAAUGAAAUGCAAGCACAAAUAGCAGAAGAGAGCCAGGUAAGAAUAGAAUUGCAAAUGGCCCUGGACAGCAAGGAUAGUGAUAUUGAGCAGCUUCGCUCACAACUUCAGAUGAUACAUAUCGGUCUGGACAGCACCAGUAUAGGCAGUGGCCCUGGAGAUGCAGAAGCUGAUGAUGGAUUUCCUG